CGGAACAUUUCAGAAUUUGCCUACACUGCUGACUGCAGGAUUGCACAGACCCGUUUUUGACAGCAGGAGAAGACACAAGUCGCUAAAUUUAUCACUUCAAUGAGCACAGGUUUGUGUUUCAUAGGGUACUGUUUUUCCACCUAAAAUCUCCUGCAAGGCAAAAGUUGCAGAGAGGUCGUGCUGGGGCUUGUUUGAAGAUCCCCCCCCCCCCUUUUCCUAACUCUGUCUCUCACAAGACAAAGGUGAGGUAUUAUGCUUGCUUUUGGAAUGUGGCCUGGAGGUGAAAGACUGAGGCAGCGGCUGUGCUAAGGACAGAGAGAGUGUUUAAGCUGUCGAGAACAAGCUUGUGGAGGUUUUCUUGUGAUAUCAUGCUGGUUUUUGGUAGCCAUACUGCAGGUUUCAUUUAUAAAGACAAGAUCACAUCUCUUCAACAACACCAGAUUGGAAAGAAGCUAUACGGAGUUGCCAGUAUCCCAGAUGGGACUCCAGGAGGAGGUGCAGACUCCCACACAGACAGGAGGGGCAGAGAUGAGAGGCGAGGCUGAGUUGGGAUUCAUAAAGAACAACGUGGGAGAGGAAGACGAAAAGCAAGAGGUGGAUCAGAGGGAGGAACAUCAAGAAAGCCCGAGGCAGAGGAGGAGUGCAGCUGGAAAGCUCAAAAGGUGGCUUUACCUGAGCAGUGCAGGCGUGCAAAGGAGCGGGGGGUGGAGGAAAGGGGAAGUAUUAGGAAUGAGGAUAGACAGGUUACCUCCUUUCCUCCAAGAUAGCUGCGUUCAACAAUUGUCUACGGGAGACUUUGACUUGGCUGGGGAAGAGAAAAUAAAUUGGACCAAAGAACUCUGGGCUGGUGUAGAGGUUUGCCACAUUCACAAAGAAGUAAGCUGUAAUGCUAACUCUGUGGAGAAUACAACAAAACCUCAUGUGGUGGUCUUGCGAAGGCCCUCACAUGGGCUUCGGCUCCUGGGCAGACGGAGGGCAAUGAGCAUGUUUGUCUUCCCAGAUGAUCACAGGACACAGCAAACCACAACGACCAACCACCAAGAGAGGUCUGGGAGACCCCGCAGUGUUUGCAUGUUGGCAGCUACCAACUCUAGCAGCCUUCUUCCGGAUGCCUCUAAUAACCAAGUUUACCCAGUCCAAAGGUGUAGGACGAGCCAUGCCGAGCUGCAUGCUGUAGACGGUCUUAAACACGACAUGCCGCCUUCUUGCAGCCUCCCUAUUCAUCCACAAGAAGAGCCAUCAAUACGUCAGAUUUUAAAAAGCAGGGGCAGACCACGGCCUGUUAGCAUGACUGUUCUUGAGCUUAAAGCACACAGUGGCUCCAGGGAUGAGAUUGCGUGCCAUACUGACACUGGUAGCUUGCCCCGUUCAGGUUUCCGUUGGAGGUGGUUUAGUCGACAGGCACAGGGAAAGGAAGUGGUGGCCACACAAAUGUCAGGGAAGCAAAAGGAACCCAUUGUCACCAAGGCAGAAGAACCAAAGAGAACGUUUGGCUCACUGCGAAGGAGCUUGAGUCUCAGGAUCAGGCGAAAUCGUAAUCAGCCAGGACAGGAGGACAAAACUGAACGGAGACGCACCGCAAGCAUUGGAGAAAAAUCUGUGCAAACCGCUCGCCCGUUUUCCUACCUAACUGGCAGAACGUUAACCCCAACUUGUGAGCAAGACGAGGAACAAGGGGCCACACAGUACAUAGAGUACCAAACUCGAGGCAAGGUAGCAGUCUUGGAGGUCCCUCUCCGUCCUGUCAAACUUACCAAGCCCAACAAACAAACUCAGACAGAGACUAGUUUUUGGCAGCUAAUUGCUAGUCAUUUUAAGAGGAAGGACCAGUCGUCCAGCAACAAAUCUGAGCUUUGCACUGAGAGCCAAGCGGUUGGCAGCCAUCCCCCUGUGAGAAAUAAAAAGCCGGAUUCUGUUGCUAUAGAGAUUCUCAGUGGCAUUGGCUUCAGGAAAGGUCAAGACUCCUUUGUCAACAGUCAGGAAUGGACAUUGAGUCGAUCAGUACCAGAGCUCAAAGUGGGCAUUGUGGGAAACCUGUCCAGUGGGAAGUCGGCAUUAGUUCACCGGUAUCUGACAGGAACAUAUGUCCAGGAGGAGUCGCCUGAGGGAGGGCGGUUUAAAAAGGAGAUUGUGGUGGACGGACAGAGUUAUCUCUUGCUGAUCAGAGAUGAAGGCGGCCCGCCAGAAUUGCAGUUUGCUGCCUGGGUGGACGCCGUGGUGUUCGUCUUCAGCUUGGAGGAUGAGAUCAGCUUCCAGACGGUUUAUAACUACUUCCUGCGUCUCUCCAGCUACAGGAACACAGCAGAGGUACCAAUGGUGCUCGUGGGGACACAGGAUGCCAUCAGUGCUGCCAACCCCAGAGUGAUAGAUGACGCUCGAGCUCGCAAACUGUCCAAUGACCUGAAACGCUCAACGUAUUACGAGACGUGCUCCACCUACGGCCUUAACGUGGAGAGAGUCUUUCAAGAUGUUGCUCAGAAAGUGGUGGCGCUGAGGAAAAAACAGCAGCUUUCGAUUGGCCCAUGUAAAUCUCUUCCCAACUCUCCCAGCCACUCAUCUGUCCCGGCCGCAUCUAUCCCCUCUGUUCACCUUAAUCAGGCUGCUAAUGGAGGAGGUGCUUUCAGCGACUACUCCUCCUCCGUUCCCUCCACCCCCAGCAUAAGCCAGAGAGAGAUGCGCAUCGAGACAGUGGCUGCCUCCAACACUCCCACGCCCAUCCGCAAACAGUCUAAACGGCGCUCCAACAUCUUCACAUCACGGAAAGCCAGUGAGCAGGCAAAGAGCACUGAGAGUAAAACUGACAGUAUAGGCAGUGGAAGGGCCAUACCCAUCAAACAGGGAAUUUUGUUAAAAAGGAGUGGAAAGUCUCUAAAUAAGGAGUGGAAGAAGAAAUAUGUCACUCUUUGUGACAAUGGCCUGCUCACAUACCACCCCAGUUUGCAUGACUACAUGCAGAACGUCCACGGUAAAGAGAUCGAUCUGUUGCGGACAACGGUGAAGGUGCCUGGGAAGAGGCCGCCCAGAGCAGUGGCGACAGUUGCCCCAACAGCCAGUCCAAAAACCAACGGACUGACCAAGGACCGCAGUACCUUGCAACUUGGCAUCGGGGCCACAAGCACUCCUCACUCUAACAGCAGCAUUUCCCUACAGUCCGGGGGCUCGGUGGCCGGUGUGGCUUUAGGGAACAGUAAAGAGGGAAUGCACCAGCGCUCGUUCUCAGUGUCCAGUGCAGAACAGUGGAGUGAAGCAGUUAUCAGUACCACAGCAGCAAAUGGGAUGGCAGAUCCUCUCAGCUCCAACCCUGGAAUGGGCAGCGCAACCAGUCCCAAACUUGAGCCUCCGCCAUCACCCCACGCCAACCGCAAGAAGCACAGGCGGAAAAAGAGCACGGGCAUCACCAAACCAGACAACCUUUCUGCAGGGAAUGAAGAGCAAGAGGAGUCCUAUGAGUUCAUCAUAGUAUCCCUAACGAGUCAAAUGUGGCACUUUGAGGCAUCUACGUAUGAGGAAAGAGAACUUUGGGUGCAGGCCAUCGAGAGCCAGAUAUUCGCCAGUCUACAGUCCUGUGAGAGCAGCAAGAAUAAGUCUCGAUUAGGAAGUCAGAGUGAUGCGGUGACCAUCCAGUCCAUUAGAAACGUGAGGGGAAACAGCUUCUGUGCAGACUGUGAUGCCCCCAAUCCAGACUGGGCCAGUCUGAAUCUUGGUGCUCUGAUCUGUAUUGAGUGUUCCGGGAUGCACAGGAACCUCGGAACCCACCUGUCCCGUGUACGAUCUCUAGAUCUGGAUGACUGGCCGGUGGAGCUCAGCAUGGUGAUGACGGCCAUUGGGAAUGCCGUGGCCAACAGUGUGUGGGAGGGCUGCGUGGAGGGAUACACCAAACCCAGUGUAGACAGCACCAGGGAAGAGAAGGAACGCUGGAUCCGGGCGAAGUAUGAGCAGAAGUUGUUCCUGAUGGUGCUUCCUCAGUCUGACGUGCCACUGGGACAGCAGCUUCUGCGAGCAGUAGUGGAGGAUGACCUGAGGCUGGUGGUUCUCCUGCUCGCUCACGGCACCAAGGAAGAGGUCAACGAGACGUAUGGAGACGGAGAUGGACGUACCGCCUUGCAUCUGUCCUGCGCGAUGGCGAAUGUUGUUAUUACACAGCUGCUCAUCUGGUACGGUGUGGACGUAAAGAGCUGUGACGCCCGCGGUCAGACCCCCCUGUCAUACGCCCAGUGCGCAAGAAGUCAGGAGUGCGCUGAUGUCCUCAUCCAACACGGCUGCCCUGUCGAAGGAGGCAGUCUGUCAACACCCACGGCCAUCCAACACAACAUCAACAACAACGCUCAAUGCGAGCUGAACCGUAGUGUUAGCAUCAUGUAACUGUGUGCAGGAAAUACUUGUGCGCUCCAUACUAUAAGCGUGCAGUGUCCCAAUGCCUCUGUCAUUUGUGUCCCUGCACUGAAUGUUCAUGUGUCAGUGGAUGCCAGUGAUCUUGAUGUUCCCGUAGAGUCUGUUCUCGUUAAAUGAAAUCACUUUCCUCAGCAGUAUGUUGCAGAUCCAAUAUUGUCAUUAUUAGGAAUACUGUGCUUAGUGUCAUGUGUGUCAUGUAAACCCAUUACUCCAUGACAACUUCCUGUUGUGAGCAUACAAAAGGAGACAGCAGUAUUAACAUUAUCAAUGCUCAUUUGGUGAGGUUUUUUUUUAAGCUACAGAAAUGGACAGUUACGUCUUUUUUUAAGGAUCUUAUGUUGUAUGUACUGUAUAGAACAACAUAUGAACAGGUUCUAAACAAAGCAAGUUUUUAUUUUUAAAAUUCAAUUUCAAAAUUUGCACACGUUUCAUUAUCCAUCAAAGCAUAUUAUUAUGUUAAAUGGGUUAUUCUCAGAAAACCUGUCAAGAACUUUUCCAGGUCACAUUUCACCCCGAUAUCAAAAUAAAUGAAUAAGAAAAUUAUAAAUGCGUAAAGCAAAUUAAACUUUUUUUUAUUAUUAUUAUUAUUCAUUUUUUACAUUUUCAUGACAAUUAAGCACAUUUUCCCUUAAAUUCUCAUUAUUUUGUAUGCAAACAAAAUAAUUAUAUAUUUAUGACAUAAUUUAAAUUGUAAAGCAUUUAGACAUAAUCGUAGAAUUUGUUGUACUGCCUUUAAUUUAUGCAGAUUUAAUUAAAAAAUCAUUGCGUUAUUGUAAUUUUUCACUGUAAUAGAGGAAAGAUUACUUUAUUACUGUAAUAAAAAUCUGUUGAGAAUAUCCACUGGGAAUAAUUAAUGAGAAUAGGGCAUAAAAUAAAUGUGUCCAGUCGCAUUACAGUAAUGAGAGUUUGAGGAGAAAAUAUGUGCUUAUUUGUCAUGAAAAUGAUGUCAGUGCAAAACAUCUUUAUCAGUCUAAUAUACACAUUUUCUUUAUUUAAACUUUAGGAUAUAAAUACUUUUUUUUUAUUAUUAUUUUUAUUUUUUUAUUAUUUUUUUGUGACCUGGGACAUGUUUUUUUGUGAGAUUACAUUUUUUUUUGUUAGAUUCCACACUAUAAAGUGAAUUUUUUAUUUUUUUUUUUUUAAGAAAUAUUCCAGGUUCAGUACAAGUUAAGCUCAAUCGAUAGCAUUUGUGGCAUAAUGUUGAUUACCACAAAAAUGUAUUUUUUUCGAUUUAAAAUCUGGGUAGCAGUGAGGCACUUACAAUAGAAGUGAAUGGAGCCAUUCCAUAAAUGUUAAAAUACUCAAAUGUUUCAAAAGUAUAGCCACAAGACAUAAACAAUAUGCACGUUAAAAUUAUGUUUGAAAAUCGCUUACAAACCUUCUCUGUGUAGAGUUAUAUCCAAUUUUACAACUUUGUUGACAUCACGACUUUACGAAGUAAACCCUAAAAGGACCGUAAAAAUGACAUUUUAAACAAAUUUACAGCUCAAAUAAUACAAGAAUUUAAACAGAAGUAAUGCAAGUGCUUUUUCAAAAGGAUGAGCUUAACAUUUCUGCCUUUAAACCCUCCAAAAACUAGCCACAUUCACUUCACAAGUGCCUCACUGUAACCUCGAUUUUUGUCAUUAAUUUUUUGUCAUGAUCAGUAUUAUGCCAAAAAUGAUUUUGAUUGAUCUUAACUUGUAUCAAACCUGGAAUACUCUUUUAAAAUGAAACUUAACAGUUGCGCCACCAUUGACGAAGCUCGAGGUUUCUGCCCUAUCAGAAACAUAUCACACUAAAGACUGCUGGAUAAGGCAUUACCAUUUGUAGCAUCAGUUGAAUAUACAAAACACAAAUCGUCUAUUCAUUUCUAUUUUACAUUUAACCUUUUACAUGAUUGUCUGCAAAGAAACACCUUAAGAGGCUUGAUUACCUUACAAAUACUGUGUUAUUACGGAUGCCUUGUGCAAAUAAUUUCAGGACUGCUCUGAAGUGGUCUUAUUACUGUUUGACACAGAUGUCACUCUCCGGUUUAAAGCACUCCUGCCUAAUGAGACAUCCAUUAAGUACAGCGGACAGUACCUACACGCUAGAUUUAGAAUUAAGACGCUCUCGCUGUGAGCUCUUGUGAGAGCAUGUGUUUGUGUAAUGAGUGUAAUAAUCUUCACACUUGAACAAGGGCUGCUUGUGAAAGUGUGGCUGUUUUGUAUUCAUUAAAAUCCAGACGAGAGUUGUAUUCUAAUCGAAUGGGAUGAACAGAUGAGUGGUAUGGAUUAUGUACAGAUGUGUGUAUAAAAUAGUUUUUUUUUUCCUCCCUCUUGCAGCUAGCUGUGUGUAGUGUGGGCAAUUUAUGGAUAAAAUUGCCAUUACCUACCUAUGUAAAACUCUUAUCAGCCUUAACCCUCAUUUGUUAGUGUAUAAGCUGUAAACUUUUAGAAACCAAAAGACUAAUCAGGCUUUUUUGUGCCUGAGAGCUCCUCACUCAUUUGUUUUUGGCCUACUUGAAACAAUAAAAGGAUCAUUAGGCCUUGAUUAAUUUUUCACAUGAUAAGGGAAAGUGGUAACAGAAACAAAUGAAGAUGUUAGACGCUUUUAAUAAAAGGCCUCAAAGUCCUUACCAGACAGUAUUUUAUGUUUACAUUACUUUUAGUUGUUUCACCUUAUAGUAGGUACGUUUUCUUACUUAUUUGAGUUGGAUUUGUACAUGCAGCCCUGAUCUAGCAAGCUUUGGGAGAAAAAUGCAACGUUUGUUAACAGCAUAAAAUUUCUUUGAAACUUUACUUGCCUUAUUAGACUUCUAAUUAGGCUUUUUAAUGUCUGCAAGUGAUUGCAUCUGAUGUUUAAUUGUAUUUUAGACCCAAUUUUAAUUCUUAAAGGUACAUGGAUUCGAUGUUACUUGUGCGCGUACAUGUUGAUAAAAUAACGCAAUGAAAUUCAUGGUGGUGAGCAAAAUUACAUUACUUCCCUUAAAUAAAAAUUGUACGUUUUGUGACCCCUUUAUCUUCAUAAAGUGAAUACAAAAAGUUUUCUUUUUUGAAUACGUUGAGUUUUGGCUCCUGUGUUUGAUAUGAUUUUGCUUGGUUGGACUUUUGAGAAUAUGACAGUUCAAAAUGUUCAAAUCCACUAGUGCAUCUUCCCUGUAAAGGUGUUUUAAACUUUGGGAUGUACCCGCACUUGAGUAGCCAUCCACCAGAGAGAGGCCAUUUUAACUCCAUUUCAGUUGUUUUGGUACCUGGUUUGGGUCUCAGUGUGUCCACAUUGUUUGGCCAUUAAGGUACUUAUGUAUUAUAUGUACAUUUGACAUAUUUAUAAAAGCAGAAUGUAAAUAAUUCUUUUGAUGUUGCUUUUAUUGAGCUGUUUGAUCAUCUUUUUUUUUUUUUUUUUUAAUUUGCCUUUGUUUUUAAUGCUUCUCCUGAAAAUGAUGGAGAGAUUUCAUGAGAGUUAGCUGUUGUGUGAUCGGAUGCUUGGCUGGCUAUUGACAUAAUAAACACUCCAAUAAAAUGAUUUAUA